CAUAGACUUUUUCCGGAUUUCAUAUAUCUAUUCCAAAUAUCUAGAAAAAUGUUUGAUAUUAAAAAUCUAUAGAUUCUUUUGGAUUUCAAAUACCUAUUCCAAGUAUCUAGGAUUCCUAAUUUCCUCCUAUCCAAACGGGAAUCAAUUUACAAAUCCAACCCUGCCCUUCAGGCCCAUCUCUCUCUAGCUUUGCAGAAAGCAUGGUGGGAGCGUAGUGGCGAGGUGUCGAAAUGGAGGAAGGCCUCAAGGAGUACGCAGCAGGGUUUGCUGCCGGGAUCGCAACUGUUAUAACUGGCCAUCCUUUUGACACAGUCAAGGUGAAGCUGCAGGCCAACAAUACUGGACUUCAUGGGAAGAAGUAUAGGAAUGCUCUCCAUUGCACUGCCCACAUUUUGAGAACUGAAGGAAUAAGAGGACUUUACAAAGGUGCUACAUCAUCUUUUAUUGGAGUUUCAUUUGAGAGUUCCCUGAGUUUCGGCUUUUAUUCUCAGGCAAAAGCAGCAUUGCAGGGCGAAUGGGAUAGUGAAACCCCACGCCUUCAAACGAUUUUUCCUUCAGGAGCUUUUGCCGGAGCCAUAAUCAGUUGCAUACUUUGUCCUGCUGAGUUGAUCAAAUGUAGGCUGCAAGUUCAAGGGGUGGAACCCAUUGCUUCUCAGAAAUGCCAAAUAAGAUACAGUGGUCCUCUUGAUUGUGCUACUGAAACAAUCAAGCACGAAGGGGUAAAGGGUUUGUUUCGUGGUGGUCUUGUAACCCUCUUAAGAGAAGCGAUUGGCAAUGCUGUCUUCUUUAGCACUUAUGAAUACAGUCGCUUCUACAUGCAUUCUCAAGCAAAGUCUGCUUUGUCGAGCAGGAGCCAAGCCCAAGAUUUGGUUCUUGAUGUAGGAAUUGGCAUUAUCAGUGGCGGGCUUGCCGGUAUGUCUUUUUGGUCUGUUGUCUUGCCUUUGGAUGUGGCAAAAACUAUUAUUCAGACUGAUAAGAAAGCUAGCCGGAAUCCAUUUGACACAUUGAGCUUGGUGUACAAGAGAGUUGGUAUAAGAGGAUGUUAUGCUGGCCUGGGACCAACAUUGACGAGGGCUUUCCCUGCAAAUGCGGCUGCUAUUGUUGUUUGGGAACUUACGGCCAAGGCUCUCGGGAUCAGGCCCUCUAGCAACUGAUAUUGUGCCCUUUUGUUUAUCAAAAGAAAAAAAUAUUUGUGGCAAUUUUGAUGGUCUUCUAUUUCCUAUGGUGCCAUGUUACCCUAUUGAUGGUGUAUCUUUAUCUUAUGACAUGUGUGAGAGAGAGUAAUUGUAAUGAGAGAGGGUAGAAUAAGGAAGCAUUUGGGUGCCAUGUGGCAUUUGGUCUCUAUAGGGUGCAUAAGAGAGGGGAGGAAGCAUUUGGGAGGCAUAUGGCAUUUGAUCUUGAGAGAGAGAGAGUACUUGGAAUAAGGUGGCAUAUGGCGUUUGAUCUCUAGAAAGUUAACCUUUUGUAGCUGGUGUCACCUUCGUGAAAGUAA